AUGGCCUCGCAAGCAGUGUGCCUAUCGAGAGCCUCAGUGCCGUCCGUCUGUCUAUCAGGCAGCGGCUCGUCGUCGUUCUGUAGAUCGGACAGGGCGACGUUGAUGCGAGUCCACGGCUCGGAUGUGGCCGUCAGCUCGACUGCUAGAGUGGUCGCGUCGCAAUCCCGCCCCGGCGGCAGGGCGAGCAUGAAGAAGGCUCAAGGAGCUGUCGUCUUCCGAACGGACGACCCGCUAGAAGGCCGCGACUACCGCCCGGCCAUGCCGGGGGACAAUCCCGACUUCUGGGAAGGUUCCCAGUGGGACCUGCUGGGGUUCAUCGCGGAGUACCUGUGGGUGUUCGGUAUCGUGCUGGCGAUAGUUUCAUCACUCUACGCCGUUACGAGCUACAACCAAGACGAGGAAGUGGUGGAGCCAACAGACUCGGCCGUUAUUGUGGAGUCAUCUGCAACGUCGGAAGCUGAUCAGCUGCUUGAGCCAUUCGUGGACGAUGCUCCUCCCUUGUAG